CCGAAGGAGGAGCUGGACACUUGUCUCCCGGCCCCGAGCUGCGUCCCCGCCCCUGGAGAGAACCCCCUCGGCUCGGCGCCUCCCGCGUUUCCCGGCUGCUGGGGAAGCCUCGGCGCGGCGGACACCAUGAGUGAACAGAGUAUCUGUCAGGCAAGAGCUGCUGUGAUGGUUUACGAUGAUGCCAAUAAAAAGUGGGUGCCAGCUGGUGGUUCAACCGGGUUCAGCAGAGUUCAUAUAUAUCAUCAUACAGGCAACAACACAUUCAGAGUGGUGGGCAGGAAGAUUCAGGACCAUCAGGUCGUGAUAAAUUGUGCCAUUCCUAAAGGGUUGAAGUACAAUCAAGCUACACAGACCUUCCACCAAUGGCGGGAUGCUAGACAGGUGUAUGGUCUUAACUUUGGCAGCAAAGAAGAUGCCAAUGUCUUUGCAAGUGCCAUGAUGCAUGCCUUAGAAGUGUUGAAUUCACAGGAAACAGCCCAGAGCAAAGUUACUGCUACCCAGGACAGCACUAAUUUGCGAUGUAUUUUCUGUGGGCCGACAUUGCCUAGACAAAAUUCACAGCUACCUGCCCAAGUUCAGAAUGGCCCAUCACAAGAAGAAUUGGAAAUUCAAAGAAGGCAACUACAAGAACAGCAACGACAAAAGGAGCUGGAGCGGGAAAGGCUGGAGAGAGAAAGAAUGGAAAGGGAGAGAUUGGAGAGGGAGAGGUUAGAAAGGGAAAGGCUGGAGAGGGAGCGACUAGAACAGGAGCAGCUGGAGAGAGAGAGACAAGAAAGGGAACGUCAGGAUCGUCUGGAGCGGGAGAGACAAGAGCGGGAGAGGCUGGAGAGACUGGAUCGGGAAAGGCAAGAAAGAGAGCGGCAAGAGCAGCUAGAAAGGGAGCAGCUGGAAUGGGAGCGAGAGCGAAGAAUGUCAAAUGCCGCUCCAUCCUCCGACAGCUCCCUGUAUCAUGCUCCACUUCCUGAGUAUGCCAGUUGCCAGCCUCCUUCAGCACCUCCUCCAUCAUAUGCUAAAGUCAUCUCAGCUCCAGUGUCAGAGGCCACUCCUGAUUACGCUGUAGUGACCGCUUUGCCACCCACUUCCACACCCCCUACACCACCACUUCGACACUCCGCGACACGUUUUGCAACAUCUCUAGGUUCAGCCUUCCACCCUGUUCUUCCCCAUUAUGCUACAGUUCCUCGUCCUCUGAACAAAAACUCUCAACCUUCUUCUCCUGUGAACACACCCUCUCCUCAACCUCCAGCUACGAAGCCCUGUGCCUGGUCUACUUCCAGUUUCUCGCCCCUCCCUCCGUCUCCUCCAGUAAUGAUUAGCAGCCCCCCAGGCAGAGCUACCGGUCCAAGGCCUGUCCUUCCCGGUUGUGUUUCUUCUCCUGUGCCCCAGAGGCCUCCAUCACCUGCGGCCCCCAGCGGGCUGCUCGACUCUGUCACGUGUCCAGUGUCUCCACCGCCUACCUCAGGGCCAGCGGCGCUGCCACCGCCUUCCCUCGCACCACUCUCACACUGUGGAUCUCAAGCCUCUCCUCCUCCAAGCACCCCUGUUGCCUCAACUCCCUCAUCCAAGCCUAGUGUUCUCCCUUCUCCCUCUGCAGCUGCCCCUGCCUCUGUGGAGACUCCUCUAACCUCUGUGCUGGGAGACUCCUCUGCUUCUGAGCCAGGCUUGCAGGCAGCCUCUCAGCCGGCCGAGACUCCAGCCCAGCAGGGCAUUGUCUUGGGACCACCUGCACCUCCACCCCCUCCUCCACUCCCACCAGGUCCUGCCCAGGCAUCAGCCGUACUUCCUCCUCCCCCAGGACCCCCUCCACCCCCUCCACUUCCAUCCUCAGGGCCCCCGCCUCCACCUCCUCCACCGCCUCUUCCUAAUCAAGUACCCCCUCCUCCCCCGCCACCUCCUGCUCCUCCCCUCCCUGCAUCUGGAUUUUUUUCGGGAUCCAUGUCUGAAGACAAUCGCCCUUUAACUGGACUUGCAGCUGCAAUUGCUGGAGCAAAACUUAGAAAAGUGUCACGGAUGGAGGAUGCCUCUUUCCCAAGCGGAGGAAAUACCAUUGGUGUGAAUUCGGCCUCAUCUAAAACAGAUACGGGUCGUGGAAAUGGACCCCUUCCGUUAGGUGGCAGUGGUUUAAUGGAGGAAAUGAGUGCCCUGCUGGCCAGGAGGAGGAGAAUUGCUGAAAAGGGAUCAACAAUAGAAACAGAACAAAAAGAGGACAAAAAUGAAGAUUCAGAGCCUGUAAGUUCUAAGGCCUCUUCAACAAGUACACCUGAACCGACAAGAAAACCUUGGGAAAGAGCAAGUACAAUGAACGGCAGCAAGUCACCUGUUAUUUCCAGACGGGAUUCUCCAAGGAAAAAUCAGAUUGUUUUUGACAACAGGUCCUAUGAUUCAUUACACAGACCAAAAUCUGCACCCUCGUCACAGCCCAGUGCCAACGGAGUCCAGACGGAGGGACUGGAUUAUGACAGGCUGAAGCAGGACAUUUUAGAUGAAAUGAGAAAAGAAUUAACUAAGCUAAAAGAAGAGCUCAUUGAUGCAAUCAGGCAGGAACUGAGCAAGUCAAAUACUGCAUAGAGAAUCAAACUAAGGAGAGAUAGGACUUUAAUCUGGAGAAAGGAAAAGAAAAAAAAAAAACCUACAAAGAACAACUGUGUUAACAACAACAAAACCCUUACAUCUUGUGAGCUGUAAGAAGAAAAUGGAGACAAACAGUUGGAAGGAGGGAAAAACCAACAUACUUUGAAAGCCUUCAGACAUUACUACUCUGGCGAUAAGCUGUUUCCCUCACAGUUUUCUGCUUUUCUCUGACCUUUACAACGGGAUGGAGGAGAGUCGUAUAGGAGUUCCUGUAUCAGUUAUGCAGAAAAUACUGAAUCCGUCAGGCAAGAUUACCGUGCAUUGAAAUACUUUCAUGUCAAGAGAAAAUCGCACGUUUUCCACAAUCCAUUGCUAAAUUAAAGAGGAGAAAGGCUUGAGAAUUUUUUUUUCAGAGAAUGGUGGUGAGGAAUUUAGCAAGUUAUGCUAUUGUAUUGUAAAUGUUUCUCUCAGGUUUGUCUUCCUAUCAUAUUUGAUAUUCCAUGAAUAAUUGAGUUCAGCCCUAUGUAGGUUAAGAUCAUAAAGUGUGGAACAAGUGGAAUUGUAUGUGCUUUCAAAGGGUGAUAUUUAUAAGAAAGUGUCCUAAAAAUGAUUUGUUCGGAGUGAGGAAUUUUAGAAUGAUAGGAAGUCUCUCGAGUUUAGCCUUCAUGCAAUUUUGUAGAUUCAAACAUAAAAUUUGUCCAGAAUUUAAAGAUUUAGAUGCCUUCCUAAAUUGUUACAAUGCUUUACCAAAUCUGUGACUCCUACAUAACACAAACCAGUGGUCAAAUGUAAAACAGUAUAUUGUAGAUUCACUGUAGGUUUUCAGCCUUUUUUAGAUUUAUGCACGUGGACAUUUUUAUAAUGUAAUUACAACCACCACAAAAUUAGCUUUUUAAACUGCAGACAGUAAUGCAUGUCAAACUAAUAUGUAGUGGCCUUUUCAAGGCCUAGUCCCAGGGAAAACAUUUUGUAGCGUAUAGGGGAGCGGGAGGAAGGGAAGGAAUAAUUUUUUAUUUAAAGUGAAUUUCUGCACUAUCUUCGUUCUCAGUUAUCUGCAUGAAUAAUAAUGAGGAAUAUUUUGUGACUUUAAUUGGUAAAUAUGUUAACAGCACCAAGUACUUAAUCUUUUACAUCAUGUCUUCAGCUAUUUGUAUUUUAACUUGAGUAAGUUCAGUGGUCUGAAACAUGAUUCUGAGCUUCACAUGAAUUACAUCUUAGUGUGGAACUCAAAAGUUCCAUCCCUGAAUUUGGCAGUUGUUAUUACCUGGGCGCCCUGCAGUUAUACAGGUAUUCAGGUACACAUUCCUGACUACAGAGCUGCUUUUGAACCUUGUUAUGUUGAAAUACUAGAAAAGUAACAAUGAUGGCAGCAGUUAAGGUCACAGAAAUCAUUAGAUAAAGGGAAAACAGCGAGGGGGGGGUCCUGCGUAAUUUUCUUUUAGUAAAUAAAGUGAGACUUAGGUGGUGGGAAGAAGGAACUAGAUACUCUACUUACCACCGUGUGUGCGCGUGCAUGCGCGCGUGCGUGUUUGUGCGGGUGCUCACGUGUGUGUAUGUUAUCCACUCCCUUUUCUUUGAAACUUCUAAGAUUAAAAUAGGGGAGAAAUCCUGUAUGUUGCAAUGAUAGAAUUUUUUGAAAUUUUAGGAAAUCACAGUUCUCCAGGCUCUCCAUCUUGAUUUAUGCUUGAGUUAUUAUGUGCCAUAUUUGCUUUGAAACCUUUAGUUAUCAGUAGUUUUACUAAAAUUUUGAAGAAAUAAUCCACUUUCAUCUGCUUUCUAGAUUUUCUUAAUCUAAGUUCAUAAGACAGAACUUGUUGAUAGCAUAGUUUUUCUAAGCGCUGCAAGUUUGCAGCCAUUACCACUUCAAAGAGGUUUGAAUGAGGGAAUUUUUUUCCCUUGUUAAAAUAGUUCCUGUUUCUGUAGAAACUUCAUUUUUAGAUCUGUGAUGGAUGAGCUAUCAUAAUUCAAGUAUACAGUUCUUUUUUUCUAUCAACUCUUCAUUGUCAUCCAAUAGUGAAGACGUUAAAGA